GAGGAAACGGCUGGCUCAAGCCUGCUUGACCUGUCGGGAGAAGAAAAUUAAAUGUGACCCGGCGAUCCCAAAGUGUCACCAAUGCACGAAAUCACAGAGAGCGUGCCGAGGAGGCCUCGCCCAGGGUAGUAUUCAAGACGAACAAUCCCCAUCCAGAAAUUCUCCAAUGUUGCACACCCCAACGAUCGAACACAUCAGUCCACUAUCUGGCAGAACUAAUGCUACCUGGGAAGCACCAUUCUCAAGCCAGCCUCCACUUAAAGCCCACAACACCUCCGAAAACACUAACUCUGUAUGGGGUUCCGAUUUUCAGAGAGAAUUUAGCUCAAAUGCCGCCACCGCCGAACCUACCCCCAGAGCUCGUUCGAUCCACGCCCUCCCGAAGGAGCCUCCAUCAAGCAGCAGAACGUCUUCCCAGCAUAGUCUCUUGAUGGAAGAUCAAGUGGAGUCGAAUUGGGAACAAGAUCCAUAUGAAGCGGAUCCGCAUCUCACAAUAUCUCUGUUAGGCCUCUACUUUACUCACGUAGGGAGUGUGACUUACUGCAUGUUCCCAAGGGAGCAAUUUAUUGCUUGGGUAGUAAUGUGCCGAGAAAAAUCGCAGGACGAUCGAAUGCUGCUCUACAUUCUCCUUGCCAUGGGUUCAGUGUUUUCCCCCGACGUAGGACAACGUUCUGUGGGCAAACGAUUUGCUGAGAUAGCCGCUCAUGCAUCUAGAAAGAGAUUUGGGAAAUUUAGCUUGCAGCUGUGCCAGAGCAGGCUCAUGCUUGCACUGUUCUAUUUCUCACGAGGGAAAGCCGCGGAAGCCUGGGACUAUUCUGGUGCUAGUUUGCGAGCAAUUAGCGCUCUAAAGCUUAACACAGAGGAAGGCGUGAAAGAUUUCCCGGACGAUGAUCUGGAUUUUGGAUUCGAUCGACCGACACUGGAGGAAUGCCGCCGACGGACUUUUUGGUCGGGAUUCCUAAUGGAUCGGUACAACGGAUUCUGUGGAGGCACGCUUUGUUUUAUCCAACCCGAAGAUACGUUCCUUCGACUGCCUUGUCUAGAGACCGAUUUCGGCUCGCCUUUUCCACGGGAAUCUGCACUUUUUGAUUUCGAAUUCUUCAAAGAGCCCCAGCCGAAUGUGCCACCGGGCGCAAUGACCCAUUUGACCCUAAUAUCCGCCAUCUGGGGAGAUGUUCUGUUGUUUACUUCCCGAGCUAUCAAUCGACCAGACCACUCAUACCCAGAACGGUACGAGAAAUUCUACGACAUAACCUCUCAAAGACUUGACGGGUGGCGGAACAGCCUUCCCCCUCAUCUUCGCUUCACUCCUUCGAACCUCGACGAUAGCUUCGUAGCCGGCUCCUCAGGUACAUUUAUCAGCCUCCACGCCCUAUACCACGCGACACAGAUGCGGAUGAAUCGCUACGCUCGGAUCGCAACCUUUUCUCCGUCUACCCUCCGCCGCAAUACCUACCGGGCGAACAAAAGCGCAACCAAAUUCAUAAGAAUUGCGCAGGCUCUGGCGCCUGCAACACGUCUCGAUCGCCGCCCAAACUCCCCUCCUGAAUACAUUCUGACUACACCCUUCUCCGGCUAUGCUCUCAUGCUAGCGGUCGACAUCGUCAGCGCCGGCGGCGCAAUCGCUGGUCUACCCGCUCUCGUGGAGUCCAUCGGCACCGGUCUUCCUGCAGUUGCCGAGCUAGCAGACUUUUGGGCAAGCGCAAAGGUGCAACACAAAGCCAUCUCGUUGCGACUGAAGCAGCUGGCUGAGAUUGCUCUAUCGGAAGAUGAUAGCGCGAGGAGAGGGCAGUUUUGGAGGUUGAGCGGUAGUCUGGAGCCAAGUUUCACGAAGAAAGAUGAUCUGAUCUACGGGAUUGAAGACCGUGUUUUCUUCGAUAUCAUGGAUGGGGACAUGAUGAACGAGGAAGAAUAGUUGGAGGUGUACAGAGCUUUUUCUACCAAAUUUGGUGCUGCGGCUUGUUGCUGUCAGCUUGAGAUAACCAUUGUAAUAUUUCUGGGUUGCUAUUUCUAGACAAACAUAGGUCGGUGUAUUGGGUCUUGCAUCUGCGCUAAGCGCACAACUGAUGAGUAUGAGAUUCGUUUGGAAGGUGUAAACAUAGAUAUUAGUCUUGCUCCGCUCAUGAGGAGAUCACCAUAAUGUAUAGAGUACUCUUUAAUUCAUAAAACCCAGUGGAAC